CUCGCGAAUCUCGCCAAACACACACACACACAGCGUUCAACACUGAAAGCCUAGCCGUUACAUUAGUUCACAAACUAUGGUGAUUGUAAUUCGUCCAUUUGAUUCCUAUUCUUAAGAAACUGAAAUGAGUUAAAGCAUACUGAAACGUGCCAGGUGUUGCGCUGAAACACCUAUUCCGAAAUGUAUAGAUAUUUUAUUUUAUUUCCGAUUGCAUUAUUUUCUUGAUCAGUCUGUCAGACGUCGUUAGCUAGUUAGCUAACAAGCUAUGUGUUGACUGGAAGGACAGUGCGUCACCAUUCAAGAUGGACACUGCCGAAGAAGCCGAUAUAUGCAGGGUAUGUCGGUCAGAGGGGACCCCGGAUAAGCCCCUUUAUCACCCCUGUGUCUGCACCGGAAGCAUUAAGUUCAUCCAUCAAGAAUGCCUCGUUCAAUGGCUAAAACACAGCAGAAAGGAGUACUGCGAAUUAUGCAAACACAGGUUUGCCUUCACACCAAUCUACUCUCCAGACAUGCCCUCCCGACUGCCAGUGCAGGAUAUCUUUGCUGGCCUGGUCACCAGUAUAGGCACAGCCAUCCGCUACUGGUUUCACUACACACUGGUGGCUUUUGCCUGGCUUGGCGUCGUCCCUUUAACAGCAUGUCGCAUCUACAAAUGUCUGUUUACAGGUUCUGUAAGUUCACUGCUGACACUGCCACUGGAUAUGCUGUCCACAGAGAACCUGCUGGCGGACUGUUUGCAGGGCUGCUUUGUGGUGACCUGCACGCUCUGCGCCUUCAUCAGUUUGGUGUGGCUCCGGGAACAGAUCGUGCACGGCGGCGCCCCGCUGUGGCUGGAGCAGAACCAGCAGCAGGCUGCCAACGUAGCCGUACGGCCCAACGAGGCUCCUGCGGCCGGUAACGAGGCGGGUGCGGGCGAGCAGCAGGCGGCCGCGGGUCCUGCGCCGGCGCCGGAGGAGAACGCGCCGCUGGGCGAGAACCUGGCGGCGCAGGCCGAGCCAGAGGAGCUGGAGCUGGACAACGAGGAGGAGGAGGAGGCCGGGGGGGAGGACGGGGCCGACGCCAACAACGCAGCACAGGAUGACAUGAACUGGAACGCGCUGGAGUGGGACCGAGCUGCGGAAGAGCUCACCUGGGAGAGGAUGCUGGGGUUGGAUGGCUCUUUAGUGUUUUUGGAACAUGUCUUCUGGGUGGUUUCACUCAAUACCCUUUUCAUCUUGGUGUUUGCUUUUUGCCCGUAUCAUAUUGGCCAUUUUUCAGUGGUGGGGCUUGGCUUUGAAGAAUAUGUGAAGGCGUCCCAUUUCGAGGGACUCAUCACUACCAUUGUGGGCUAUGUUCUACUCGCUGUUACACUGAUCGUGUGUCACGGAUUUGCGGCAUUAGUGAGAUUCCAGAGAUCGCGGCGCUUAUUAGGGGUGUGCUACAUCGUGGUGAAGGUGUCUUUGCUGGUGGUGGUGGAGAUUGGCGUAUUCCCCCUUAUCUGUGGCUGGUGGCUGGAUAUCUGCUCCCUGGAAAUGUUUGAUGCCUCGCUGAAGGACCGAGAGCUGAGCUUUGAGUCUGCCCCUGGCACCACCAUGUUCCUCCACUGGCUCGUUGGGAUGGUCUACGUCUUCUACUUUGCCUCUUUCAUUCUCCUGCUGCGCGAGGUGCUCAGGCCAGGUGUCUUGUGGUUCCUCCGAAACUUAAAUGACCCUGAUUUCAACCCAGUGCAAGAGAUGAUCCACCUGCCCAUCUACAGACACCUGCGCAGGUUCAUUUUAUCUGUGGUGGUGUUUGGGUCCAUAGUCCUCCUGAUGCUGUGGCUUCCCAUUCGCAUCAUCAAGCAUCUGCUUCCCUUCUUUCUCCCAUACAAUGUGAUGCUGUACAGUGAUGCCCCGGUGAGUGAGCUGUCUCUGGAGCUGCUGCUGCUGCAGGUGGUGCUGCCUGCGCUGCUGGAACAGGGACACACGCGCCAGUGGCUCAAGGGCCUGGUGCGCGCCUGGACCGUCACCGCCGGAUACCUGCUAGACCUGCACUCCUACCUACUGGGAGACCAAGAGGAGAACGACAACAACGCCAACAACAACCAACAGGCACGCAACAACAACAACAACAACGCCAUCCCUGUGGUGGGCGAGGGCCUGCACGCCGCCCACCAGGCCAUCCUGCAGCAGGGCGGACCCGUCGGCUUCCAGCCGUACCAUCGGCCAAUGAAAUUCCCCUUCAGGAUCGUGCUGCUGAUCGUGUUCAUGUGCGUCACCCUGCUCUUGGCCAGCCUCGUCUGCCUCACUCUGCCAGUGUGGGCGGGUCGCUGGCUGAUGUCCUUCUGGACGGGCAGCGCCAAGAUCCACGAGCUGUACACGGCGGCGUGCGGCCUGUACGUGUGCUGGCUGUCCAUCCGCGCCAUCACCGUGAUGCUGGCCUGGAUGCCCCAGGGCCGACACAUCAUCCUGCUCAAGGUCCAGGAGUGGACGCUCAUGAUCCUGAAGACGCUGGUGGUGGCGGUGCUGCUGGCCGGGGUGAUCCCCCUGCUGCUGGGCCUGCUGUUCGAGCUGGUCAUCGUGGCCCCUCUCAGAGUGCCCCUGGACCAGACCCCCCUCUUCUACCCCUGGCAGGACUGGGCUCUAGGCGUCCUGCAUGCCAAAAUCAUCGCCGCCAUCACCCUGAUGGGCCCGCAGUGGUGGCUGAAGACGGUGAUCGAGCAGGUGUACGCCAACGGGAUUCGCAACAUCGACCUGCACUUCAUCAUCCGUAAGCUGGCGGCGCCCGUCAUCGCCGUGCUGCUGGUGUCGCUCUGCGUGCCCUACGUCAUCGCCGUGGGCAUCGUGCCCUUCGUCGGUACGUGCGAGCGCCGCGUCUGGGGGCCCUGCUCGGCGCCAGCGUUAGGGUUUGGAACUGACGCCGCGCAAAGAUGCAAUGCUGGGGUGACGCGGGAGAUGGAGAACCUGGUCCAGAGACGCAUCUAUCCCUUCCUGCUGAUGGUGGUCAUGCUGAUGGGCAUCCUGUCCUUCCAGAUCCGUCAGUUCAAGCGCCUUUACGAACACAUCAAGAACGACAAGUACCUUGUUGGACAGAGACUUGUGAAUUAUGAACGGAAAUCUGGCAAAACCAGCACUGCCACCCACAGUAGCUCCCCACAGGAGUAACAGCCUAAAUAAGAGACUCAACAGAAUCAGCUGGAGGUGUGUGUGUGUGUGUGUGUGAGUGUGUGUGUGAGAGAGAGAGUGAUAAAGAGAGAGAGAGGAGAGGAAAGAGACCAGUUGAACUUGUGUAUGCAUCGUGAGCGAGGUCUCCAGUGCACUAUUCCCUCCAAACUGUCCAUCUCUCUGCCUGGUGCAUGAUGACCCUUGACCCCUCGACCCCUCGUGUCCACUGCAGCGCUGCGACUGGCCACAACUCCUGCUGCCCACGCGACUUCCCCAGCUGGCGGGAGGUCAGGACAGAACAGACGUGGCCACUGGAGGCCACAACAGCAGAGAGAUGAAGAGGACAACAGCGACGCUACAUUGGACGCCCAACACCAAUCUCAAAGAAUGUUCCUUUGAACAGCUUAAAAGAAGAACAGGACGAUUUGUUUAUACUAAUUUAUUAAAUCAUAGUUUUCAUUUGAUUUCAGUCAAAUCAUAUGGCUCUGUUUGGAGUGGCCUGUGCUAUUUUUCUGUGCUACACAAGUCAUGCCCGUUCUUGUUUGGUUACUUUUUUUUGGUCAAACAAAGGACUAUGAACUAAUGGACAAUGAUUAUUGGUGAAGAAUUUGGGAGGGGCCAAAUAAGUAGUUUUAUUUAUUAGUUUUUUUUUUUUUUUCUUUGACUGACACUUUUUAUAAUAGCAGCACUCUUGUUGCGGUUACUACACAGAGCAGGCAUCCCUUUGGAUGAGCUGAAAAGGAUGGCUUUGCACCUUACAUGGUUUGCUGAGACCGGCUCUACUCUAAGCUGUAAGGGUCCCUUGCUUCUCGUCACGUCAGGGCCGCCGUUGCAGGAGGACUUCAGUGGUGGUGGAGGAGGGUGGCCUCGGGGCAGAUUUCUCUAGAAUGCUGACAUACUUCCUCCUAAGCACCGAUUGUAAUGCUGUGGGGAGCCAUCGACCCUUACAGACUGGACUCCACUUAAAGAGCUAUUUUGCAUAGCUCUCCAAACUCUCGCCUGGAGCUUGUGCUUCAGUCUGUACGCAAGCGAAGACUGUGAGGGGCCAGCAGACCUCUGUGGUUGAGCAUAUUUAUUUGCCAGCUGUGUAACUAAAUGGUGACUGCAUCUGUCCGGUUUCAAAUUUGUCCUGUAAAUCCGUUUUCUUGCCACACACAAUGUGCAAAUGGUUGACUUCCCUGGUGAAGGUGCUGGUGCACGUUUACCAGUCGGUUGCACUUUGAUUUUUUUUUUUUUUUUUGAAAGCGUAGCAAUAGUGAAUACUAUCUUCCAAUUGAAGUCAUUCAAUCAGUAUUGAUGUAUUGUACAUUGAGAAUGAUUUAAAAACAACACUUUUUUUAACAACAAUGACAACAAAAAACAAACAAACAAUUCACAAUUAACAAUUGUGCACCAGUGUUGAAGAAUUAUACCUUCUCUUUUAUGGUCUAAAAAAACAAUUUCCAUCAGAUGUUGAUGGAAUCAGAUCAGAUGUUGUAAAUAAUGUAUCAUUGCAGCACUUUUGGACUGUGUUUUUGUUUUUCAUAAUAAUGUUAAUUUUGACAUUUCAAGCAACUGCUACAGGUUGGAGCCUCUGGUGUGAGGGUCUGUUGGCUUUGUAUCAGAGUGCCACAUAACAGGCAGUGUUAAAAAGUUGAGAUUCUGUAAGUGACCUUAUAGUAUCUUGCAACGCAAAACUGGAAAUGGUUUGCUUCUUGACAUGCUUUUGGCUUUAUCUAAAGACAAAAUGCAAAUGCUCUAUUUUUAUAUGUGCAUUUUAGAGGUGCUUCUGAUUUUGUUUGAUCUUCUUUGUUUUCUUUCCCGCGCUCUGUCUCCUCUCUUCUCUUACGGUUUCCUUUGUAAUUGGGCAGUGGCGGCACAUAACGCUGCUGUUGAUUAGAAUCAGCGUGCCGUCAGAGCUAGAGGCACAUGCUGAUUGCUCCCACUUGCCUGGAGAAAUAGAAGCGUCGUCCUACCUCCCUCUCUGCCAUAGCACGCUUGGGUCCGGCCU